AUGUCUUGCCACUACCCCAUCACUUAUCCAGGCCUUGAUCUCAACCUCUUCGAUGACGACGAAGCCCGCUGGCGGGCCGUACAGACGCGCGACGCCGUAGCAGACGGCUGCUUCGUCUACGCCGUCAAGACAACAAAGGUCUACUGCCGACCCAUCUGCAAGGCCCGCCUAGCCCGCCGGUCCAACGUCAGCUUCUACUCGACCGGGGCGGAGGCGCAGAACGCCGGGUUCAGGGCCUGCAAGCGCUGCAAGCCCGAGAUGGAGGGCUUCAUGCCCGAGGAGCGUGCCGUUCAGCGGAUUCGCAAGUUUGUCCUGGAACGGGCCGGCACGGCGGCCGAGGAGAAGGGGUUGAGCCUGAGCCAGAUGGCCAAGAAGUCGGGUCUGUCCAAGUGGCACUUUCACAGGGUGUUUAAGAGGACCGUGGGCGUGACGCCGUUUGAGCACCUGCGCAACGAGAGGGUUGCCUGGGGAAGCUCGACGGGGGGUGGCGAGGGAAUGUGGGAUGGAGGACAGGCUGUUAGGACUGGGGAGCUUGAUUUGGACAACUUUUGGACCGUGGGCUUGGAAACAGAUGGUCCCGGCGAGAGCGUGAGCCCGAGUUCCGGGUUGAGGUCGGUUGGAGGCAAGGGGAGUCCGUUGGCGUUGGGGCUGGAGCUGAAUGAUUUCUUGGUUUGGCCGGAUGAGGAGACGGGAUGA